UUCAUUCACUGUAAGGAGAAUACAGGUCACGCAACGCUUUCGCAAUUCCGGCUCACGAGAAAAGACUCACAACAGCCAUGCGAACAUUGCACAACCUUCGCCUCGUAUCUCGACCUAGGGACCCAGAUACAAGCCCGUAGACUGAAGUUAUACGGGCCGAUCGAUCUGUUUGUGUGUCAGAGCGGCGGAUGUGUGGUCGUGCACGGAAGAGGCCGAGCGUCCAUGGGAACCCGUCAGUGGGCAGGUAACACUGUACGAGUAGGAUGGAGCCGCGGUGUAUAUACUCCGCAACAGUGUGUUUUCUGUGUACAUUGACAAACUUCGUGUCGGGCAAGGAGACGGGAUUCCCCAAGUCCUUGAAAGAGGUAAAGGCACUGUGGAUUGAAACCACGACUUCACUAUUUCAUGGAAACGGAUUAGCGGUUGAACUUUGUGCGUUUAUUGUGGAAUGGCCUAUUAUUACUACGGCAUGUGCCUUUUCCAUCGCUCUGCUGUUGUACUAUGGGUAUCGUUUAUUUUUUGUACCUCUCAACCGGGUACGUAGAUUGGAGGAUGUGGGAUACGCACACGACCCCGCCCUGGGGAAGCGAGAAAUGGCCAACAUGGUUCGCAGACAACGGGCAGUAGGCAAUAUACCCCCUGUCUACCCAAACGGCUGGUUCGGCUUGAUGGAAUCCUUUGAUCUCGCCAAGGGACAGGUGAAAGAGGUGAACGCUCUAGGGGUCCACCUGGCUGUGUUCAGGGACGAGGAGGGCAAGGCUCACGUUGUCAACGCCUACUGCCCCCACCUGGGCGCCAACAUGGCCGUGGGGGGCAAGGUGGUGGGCAACUGUAUCGAGUGCCCCUUCCACGCCUGGAGGUUCAGGGGAGAGGAUGGCAAGUGCACCAACAUCCCUGCUGCAGAUAAAGUGCCCGACAUCGCGAGGGUCAAGACGUGGAAGGUGGAGGAGAUGAACGGCUGGGUGUACGUAUGGCACCACGCCGAAGGGGAUGAGCCCGACUGGUUGCCCCCUGAGAUAGAGGAGAUCACGAAGGGGGAGUGGACCUACCGGGGUCGGACGGAACACAUAGUCAACGCUCAGAUACAGGAGAUCCCGGAGAACGGAGCUGACGUAGCUCACCUGCCAACGGUGCACGGACCCUUCAUGGGCGCUGGGACGGAUCUGAGGUACAUGUGGGCUAAGAUGUGGACAUUUGUGGAGCACCGGUGGAAGGCCAGCUGGGAGGCGUUUCCACCCCCCGAGGCUCACGUAGCCCAGAUGUCCGUGGGGCAUAAGCUGUGGUUGUGUGGCAUGCACAUGUCCAUGCUUGACAUGGAGGUCAAGGCCAAACAGAUAGGCCCAGCCUUUGUGUAUCUGAGUAUGGACUGCGGGAUAUUUGGCAAGGGCGUCAUCAUUCACAAUCUGCUCCCCGUGGGGCCCAUCACACAGAAGCUCAUACACAAUAUCUAUGUGCAGAGUCGCAUGCCAACAUUCGUUGCCAAGUUCUACAUGAUGGCUGAAGCUAUUCAGGUUGAACGGGACAUCAUGAUAUGGAAUAAUAAACGGUACGAGAAUAAACCUAUUUUUUCCCGAUCAAAAGAAGACAGCACCAUAGCCAAACACAGACGAUGGUACUCCCAGUUCUACUCCGAACACAGCCCCAAACUCUCUUUCCAGGAAGACACCCUCUCUUGGUAGCCUACAAGGGACAUUGACAUGUCUAGCCAGCUUGGCAUAACAGCGAAUACACGAUUCAUACUAUUGGACGCCAUAUCAUCAAUGUUCAUAAUUAUGAUGUUAAAUUUUUAUUUUUGAGAAACUAUAGAUUUGAUUUUUUUAUAUGAUUGUUUAUGAAUGAUGUAUCACUGCUGAGAUGUGAGUGAGUGAGUGCAUGUGUUUGUGUCUGUGUCUGUGUCUGAAGGAUAGGCAGCUUCUGUUUGUGAUUAACAGUUUCGCUUCAAACAUUUCAGCAACUACAUGAAUCUUGGCUAGGUUAAGUAAUAGUGUAAAUGUUCACUUUUUUAGAAUAUUUUUAGAAUAUAACUCAAACGUUCUCUGUUCUUUUAAACAUGUAACUGUGCUGGCUUUAAUUUAAGAUCAAUAUAGGUAUAUGCAUUGAAAUGUUUUUAUUUUUUUAAAUUUAUGUUUAAUUUUAAAAUUCACGUGCAGUUUGGUAGUUUUGGUUUCUUGUGAAAUGUGUUUACGUUUCAAUUUUCAAGCUUAUGAGUGCUGCUCGUUUUACCCAGUAUGGGAAACAACUAUCAUAUAUACCACUCAAAAGAAAUGAAAGAACAUCCCAUUUUUUAUGUUACUAUAGUUAAUCUGUCAGCGUGACAAAUAUUACCCGUUUUACCUGUUAGAAUAGGUUUUCAGCAACCCAUGUUUGCCGUAAAAAGCGACUAUGCGUGUCGUAAAAGGCGACUAACGGGAUCGGGUGGUCUCGCUCGCUGACUUGGUCAUGCAUGUCAUCAUAUCCCAACUG